AUGCUUCAUCUUUAUGAUUCGCAUGCUCCACCAGACCACCCAUAUGUGCGCAUGCCAUAUGCAUACUUGACGCUGGUACAACUCUACACAAGGUCACGACAACUGGACACCGCGAGUGUGUGUUUCACUCGUCUGCGAAAUACCUCUCCGUGGUGUCGUUUUGGAUGCGAGCGCUUGGAAACACCGCACCAUUUAUUCGUUGAGUGUCUUUGUUUUGCGGAAACGCGCAAUAGGUCGUCGCAGGAUGUGAUUGAUGCAACUUCCAUGCUUCUUCGUGAAGCAAAAACAGCUAUGACAACAACGGAAUUGUAUUUGCACACCGCACGACGCCUGUUCGUCGAUGACACUGUGUGGCCCUUGCAUGCAUCUCGGUAUUACCUUGGAACCGUACCUGCAAUCAAUGCGUCGUACCAAAUUUCACAUGUAUUGGCAACAAAGGUUGCACAGACGUGGCAUAUUGCGAGCAUUCGUCUAGCAGGGCAAAUAUGGGGAACUUAUAGGCAUGUCGUCAAUCCAUCGGUUGGAAAAGCUCAGCGCACUUUUGAUUUACCUACACACCUAAAACAUCUCCAUCCUCGCGAAUGA